AUGCGAAAAGCUGCUGGGCAAAAUGUUGCCCUAACGCUCAAGGCUGUCGUGGACAUGGAUAAAAAUCUCAAGAGGGAUUUGUUUAAUGUCAAAAAGCAGAUUCAGAAGGGGAUUAAAGAUGUGAUUAGGAAGUUGGGUGUUAAUGAGUUGGAUGAGAAAGUGAAGAUUGAUUUGGAGAAGUUGAGGAAAAAUGUUACGAAGCUUGCUGCAACUGUGGAUGACAAACGUAACGGUAUUGUUAAAGACGAGUUCAAUAAGCUUGAACAGGCAAAGAAAAUUUUGGAUGAUGGCGCUGUAAAGAAUAUUCAGGAGGCAGAGAAAGGCAUUGAACAGAGUUUUAACGAUAGUAUCAAGACACCGCUUGAUAGGGAAAGUCCAAGCAAUUUACUCGGCGAUUGA